UAUUACUCAAAGCCAAAAAAUGAAACAAAAUGUUAUCUCUGUUAACGAAGUUGAAGUUGCAUCAGCUCUAAAGGCCAAUGCUAAACGUAAAGCAGUAGUAGCUCCAAUGAUCAUCUCUAAAUAUAAUUGA